GUCGCGAGCAUGAUCGAGCAGUACUGGCGGAAUACUAUUUGAGGUUCGCGGCUGUUCGUGACAUCGGGGAAGUGAAUUUUUUGGCACGUUGUGUGAGGCCGAAUGACAGAAUGACGAGGAACGUUGAUUCGCUCGCAGUCUAACGAUGCCCGUCGCGGAGAGGACGUCGCUGUAAAAAGGGACCGCAGUCAUGUGCGACAAUAUACAGGGCAAUCCGUUCGCCGGAUUGUUCUCCACGGAUAACGAUGCUGUCUCAUUCUCCUCGCAGCAUCAUGCGAUUGACAACGAGGCCAACGACGCGAGUUACGCGGAACGAUCGUCGGACGCGAUUAAGGACGAGGAGCCUCGCGAUCCCGCGAACGCAACGGAGUCCGCGAGUUUCGACGACGACAAGGUCGAUCGACUGAUGGCACAUGUGUUCGGUUUAACGUUGCAUCGCGACGGUGACAGCCGCGCGCAAGAAUCUCUCGUGUUUAUUGAUACCGACUCGAUGGAACACGCCGUCUUCGAGCGUCUGAUGCUGCCAAAUCCUAAACCUAACAAGGCGCAAGACGUCGAUAGCCAUGUCGUUCAGACGCAGGUUAUAACCUACCUGUACGAGUGCUACUGUCGUUUAAAGCGUUACCGUGUAAACGGUGAUCUCGAAGACACCGUGAGAAACGCUUGUCAAAUUGUACUUCGAAAUGCCAACACAGCUUUACAGGAGCCAGAUUUGUUUCAGUAUCAGGAGGUUCACAAUCAAUUCGUUGCUUUAUUUAUGGAUGACGUUACGUCAAAGUCAGAAUUAUCGUCGUUUGUUAGUGGCAUAGUGGAAGAAUUAAUAGCAGUGAAUGGAGAGAGCGAUGUAGAGGAUGUAAUUGCCAGGUCAUUCUCACCUGUCCUCGAUAUCGUUCAUAAGGAAGCGGUUCAGAGCAACCUUUUUACGUUCCGCCAACAGUGGUUCGCCCUAUUGAAUACAUUUUCCACUAUUGAGCCACUGGCUAAAUUAAUAAUUCGUCAUAGUACGCCGAAGAAUAAUCAGGGGUGCACAUAUUCUGACACAUUAUUGGGCGCAUUCUUCAGUAUAAGCUGUCUACCAAAAACAGCUAAGGAUCCGUAUGAUUUUUUUGAUAAACCUCUCUUACAGCCAAAUACAGUCAUGGAGAGUACCAUAUGGAUAGCCAUGGACAGCCUGAGCGAAGCUCUAUACAAAAUUUUCCAUUCCCUGUUGAAAUGUUCGACGGAGCUUCGUCACUUGACUUUGCAAUGGUUGGGUAAUUGCCUACAUGCGAAUGCAAAUAGAGGAAAACUGUGGAACUCUCAAAUGGAUAUGGGACUGCUGGGAGUGUUGUGCGUGUCGGAUGGUUUUAUGCUGAAUGUGGGCAAUGUAUUGCUGCGCCUUUGUCAACCAUUUUGUGCUAAAUUGAACGACGCCAAAGUACCAAAGAUAGAUCCUACCUAUUGUAUCGCAAAGGCAGAGGAUGAAACCGAGAGUCUGCAACGUGGUAUACAUAUGAAAGGAUUGAAUUCAGAGACAUGUUUAGUACCAACUCCAGAGGACGGAUGCCGACCAAUAUCAAAUUCGUUCGGAUUCAUAACAGAAUGCUUUUUCCUGACACAUCGUGCAUUAGAUCUUGGUUACAGAGUUAUCCUGGACAAAUUUUUGAAAACAAAUCAAGAUUUGGCUAGGAUACAAAGAGCUUACAACGAUGCUCGAACCGGGGGCAGUUCGGAGGUGCUGGAGCUCAUAACACAACGAAUGGAGAGCGAAAUGAUAAAGUACCUAUCUCUCAAAGCGAGUCUAUUAGUGCCGGAAAUGUUGGGUCACUUGGCGAAAUUUCACGCAAUGACGGCGUUUUGGUUAGUUCAAGUCAAUUUACACAUUGUCGAGAGCACACAACAUAUUGUACCGGAGCAAUAUAUACCUGUUACAUUCCCGUUACCAGAAACUGUUCCAACUACGUUAAGAUGCAUUCCUGAGUUCGUAGUAGAGAACACCAUUGGAUUUUUGUGUUUUUUACGUCGCUUAAGUCCAAACACGUUCGAGGAACAGGGCCCGAGUUUUUUAAAUCCGAUCUUGACGGAGAUUAUAGUUUUGAUGGAGUCUCCGCAUCGUCUUUACAAUCCGCAUCUGCGCGCGCGUUUAGCCGAGAGUCUGGAGGCACUUUUGCCGACGGUGGACGAGAACGCUGCGCCAGCGACACCAAACUUAGGAACAUUCCAUAGGGAACAGCUAUUUCUCACUCAUCCGCACAGGGAGCAGAUAAUUGUCAACUUGCUGCACGUAUUUGUAAGUAUUGAGAUGACUGGGCAAAGUGUACAGUUUGAACAAAAGUUCAACUAUCGUCGUCCAAUGUACAUUGUUAUGGAUUAUUUAUGGAAACUCGCCGAGCAUCGUAAUAUUUUUGUUACUCUAGCUGAAGAAGCGGAGGGUAAUAUGGAAGCGGUUCAGCCACCUCUGUUUCUACGUUUUAUUAAUCUGUUGAUGAACGAUGCUGUGUUUCUCUUGGACGAAGCCUUAUCAAAUAUGGCACAGUUGAAACAAAUGCUUCAAGCCAGGGAAAGCGGAGAAUGGAAUAAACUGCCACCAAAUGAACGCGAGCAACAGGCAGCGUAUCUUCAGCAUAUUGGUAUGAUUGCUCGCUUCGAUAACAUUCUGGGUAGAAAAACUAUACAGACGAUAAAAAUGUUAACUACCGAAAUCAAGUCAAUCUUUUGCCAUCCAACGAUGGUGGACCGUAUUGCUUCCAUGCUCAAUUAUUUAUUACUGCAGUUGGUAGGACCGAAUAAAAAAAAUCUGAAGGUGAACGAUCAAAAGGAAUAUGCAUUCAACCCUGCAAAUUUGGUAUUAAAUAUAUGUGAGAUCUACAUUAAUUUAAGUAAAAAUGAAAGCUUUACACUUGCCGUGUCUCAAGACGGACGUUCUUACAGUCCAGAACUAUUUAAACUUGCGGACAACGUGCUCGUUCGUAUUGGUGGCGUGGGAAUCUUGGGAGAUCUGGAUCAAUUUGCAAAAAAUGUGGAAGAGGCCGCGAAUCAAAAGCGAGAGGAAGAUGAGAUUUUGACAGGCGUUCCCGACGAAUUUCUAGACCCGAUUAUGUCAACUGUCAUGACGGAUCCUGUUAUUUUGCCGUCGUCGAAAACAACUAUAGAUCGUCAAACUAUAGCAAGGCAUUUGCUAAGUGAUCAAACUGAUCCUUUUAAUCGAUCUCCACUUACAAUGGAUAUGGUAAAAUCGAAUGUCGAACUUCGAGAAAAGAUACAAGAGUGGAUUUCACAGAAAAAACUGGAGAAAUUGUUAACGACUGAUACAUAAUUUAUCGUCAAUUGUAUCACAAUUGGAAUAGUGUUGAAAUUUAUAUACGCAAUUUGUAAGACAAAUUGUAAAAUGUAAGUCAUCAAAAGUGCACAUAGAUGAUAACCUUACGGUUGCUGAAAAGAGUUCGGAUUUAUGAUAAUCAGUAUUUCUGUGAAAUGAAAAAUACGUAAAUAUUUCAUCGUUUUUAGUGUUUUAUUAUAUUGUUUCAUCGAGAUUUUACCAUUCGUUGAUGUUCGAUUUACCCAAUAAAAAUAGACAAAUAAAUAAAAAGCAAUUUUGUAUACAGACUUUGUAAUGUAAUUAUGUACAGGGUUAUAAACAAGUAUAUAGAAUUACAUCUAUAAUAAUUAUUGAUUGAUAAAAUGUUAUAUACAUAGAUGGCACAUGAUUUUAGAAAAUCACUGUAUCAAAAAGAUAAUUGUAUAUGUAAUGUGUAGAAUAAAGUGUGUUAUUUAUGAAA